AUGCAGAAGACUGGUCCGGAUGCGAUAAAAACACGAGCAGUGUUCGUCGUCACAGUCGUUCCGUGGCUCUUCCGGACAGCUUCUGCCAUCUCAGUCAAGCGGACGAUACUUCAACUACGAAGUGGCAUUGGAAUCGACUGGUCUCCUGCGCCGUCGCCAGAAAAGGGCCCUCCAGCAUCGGCCGGAGCAACCAGAGACAAAACCGUUCUUCCAGCAGAAAUCGGGGGCAUCGUGGGAGCAUAUCUCUUCUGUCUCUGUAUUGUCGCUCUCACUCUUCUCACUUGCGCCGGGAAACGUCGACGACGAGCGCUCUCACCUCGCAGACACUUGGAUGUGGAGAUGGUAGUUGCCUCACCGCCGACAUUAUACAUAGAUCCAACAGCACAAUCCCCUUCGCUCAAGAGCCCAAGAAACUUCUCCUGGCCUUCCCCAGAGAAAGACGAACACAAUCCUUACGUUUAUCCGGUCAUUAAUCGAUCACCCAUCACCCCACCAGGAACCGAUCCGUACGUCGACUCGCGAAUUGUUCAGCACGAUAAAGAAAUGGCGGCACGAAAUUUGGAAGAUAUUUAUGCCCAUGUGAUGGAGCAGGAAGAGGCAAAGGCUCAGGGUUUGAGUCCGAAAGAUUUACCUUCACCGGUUCAGUUACAAAGGCCGGGCUCGAUACCGACUCCAGCACCGCAGAGAGGAGGAUCACCAAAGAAGGCGGAUAAAUCGCGGAGACCGUCAAACAUUACACUGGACGAUGACAAGUCUACGAAAUCUCGCGCUUCUUCCAUUCUGUCUGCAUUAUCACCAAGACGAAAGACCGCAGUUCGCCCAUUACAAAUAUCUUCACCUCUUCCAACACCAAAGUCAAUGACAUUUCCCGGUAACGACGAACAUGGCGAUCGGGAACCACUAUCACCAAAAUACUACAAACCACCACCACCCGUACCUACCGAUCAAGUUCCAUAUAAUCACUCCCGCAAUAAUUCCAGCAUAGCACCAGCAUCUCCAACUCGAAGUAUCGCAGAACAGCUCGCUCCUUACGGACCAGGUGGACCAGGAAAUCAGCGACACAGAAACUACCCAUCUCAAACCUCCGUGCAAUCCAUCGACCCACCGUCAGCAACAACAACCACCUCCCAAACCCCAAUCUUCAUCCCCCAAUCCAAACGCGCUCCCCCACCACUCCACCCCAUCCCCACCGCCUCCAACCCUCCCUCCACGAACGCAUCCACCCGCACCCUCCCCUUCCGCCAAUUCGACACCGGUCUCAAAUCUCCGUCCUUCAAACCCGCGACCAAAACCACCGUUCUCGAGCGCAAAGAACCGCAACACUCUGGCCCUGCUACCGCGGGUCUCAAAACCCCUUGGAGUGCCGGCGCGGUACCGUAUUCUCCGUUCUACCAGCCGUUCACACCGAUGAUUCCCGUCACGCCGAGACUGAUCACGAAGGAGGAUCGCAAGGUGAUGAAGAAGCAGGAGAAGAAGCUGGGGCAGGUGCAGGAGCUGAUUAAGAGUGAGGAUGAUUUGUGGGAUAGUGGGUAUUAG